UCUUUGUGGAAAUUAACCAUGUUUUAUAGAGUAUACUAUUUAGUUUUUUAGAAAAAAGGUUAGGUGUAAACAAUGGUUACAGUGUUUUUGCAAUAGUAUUAACCACGGUUUAACCGGGAAUGUCCUAUGAAACAUUUCUCCUGUAAGUCUGCAGACAGGUGUACAUGGCCCCUCCAGACCAAGUAGUCCCCGCUGCAGACUAGUGUCAUUCUCCACUACACCACCAAGAGGCGACGUGACAAAAAAACCCGGGAAGAUAGUAUACAAGUAGAGAAGAAGAUGGCGGCGGGAUCUGUUGCGGAUGUAUGAAAUCAAUUGUUUGUUUUGUCGACUGGAUUGUAAUCAUUACCCAGUAAUGGCUCAAGAAUAUCACGUACUCAGAUGUUUUUCGUGUCAAAUCUUUCAAGUUCUGCUGGUCAAAAAGAGCAAGAAAUGGGAAUGUAAAGUCUGUGGAGAGAAGCAGUCAGUUAUACAGCAGUUUGGUCGGGGCGCUGCUGCUGACUGUAGACGGCAUGUUCAGAAACUGAAUUAUCUGGGUGGAGAUCUGCUGGAGGAGAACACUGAAACAGUUUUGUCACACUGGGAGCAAGACAACGUUUUUCAAAAUGAAUGCCUUAAUGAAGAUCUGAAUUCAAAUAAAUCCGAGGUAGUGGCUACUGUUAGCUGUUGGAGUAAAUAUGUUAAUCAAACAACUGAAGGUCCAAAACAAGAAGAAGAAAAGGAAGAAGAAAAUAUUGACACAAAAAGAGACCAAUUCAGGACCCAAGGAACUAGAAAAAGACAACUAGUUUCUGAACUAAAGUUUGAUGGUGACCACUAUGGUAACUUCAAGGAUAAGGAGGCCCGGACAGGUAAUCGGUGUUUUAAGAGGUGGCCAUACCAGGAAUUACAGCUUCAUGAGAAGUUAAGUUCAUCGUGGAAUAAAGGCUGUUUUUCUAAAUAUUCCCACCAUAACAGUCCAAAAAAUGUCUCAUGGACUAGAACACAUCUCCCAUCAUCCCCUCAGGCCGUUUCCAGUUACCAUACAGCCUCAACCAGUUACAGCCACACAGUGGCAAACUGUAAUAAAGGCCAGUAUAACUCCUGUCAUAAUCAUCCAAGAGUUAAAGUAUCGAAACAUCUUCUCCAGCCCAACAAAGACCCUUCUACACCUUUGUCUAGUUGCAAGUUUUCUGAAUCAAAGCUUGAGAACAAUGCAUCCAAAUGGAAUAAAUUCCUCACUGUUGUCUCCACUCAGGAAGAGGAUAAUGUGAAUGAUCAUUUGGCUCCUUCAGCUUUGAUUGACAACACAGUGGUAUCUGAAUCAACAGAAGCAUUAACGGACAGUAAUUCAGAAGAAUACAGAUGUCCACUGGCUGGUAAGACAGACACUGGUGUUCCAGGGAAACAGAAGCCUGUUGGUGACAUUUGUGGGGAUGGAAAUUCUUCCUAUCAAAGCAACAGUCAUAUGUUAACCUCAGAACCAACUAGUUCUGAAAAUCCUCUGUGUAACCAGCCUUCACUUACCAAGAUGUUGUUUCCAGGCCUUUUUUUAAACCCCCUAUUUUCCACUGAAGAAGAUUUCGAUGACACAUUUUAAUGUGUUUGAAAAUGACUACUAAUGUUAGAAACAUUUACAUUCAAGGAUGUUUUUUCAACAGUUUAGUUUUUUCAACAGUUUAUCAUCUUGCUUUCAUUUAAGCACCCUAAUAAAUUUGACUCGUCAAACUAAUUUAAAAUGACACAUCAAAUUAAAAUGACAUGUAAAAAUAAUUCAAACACAACUAUUAUUUAAUUAGAAGCAUUUUAUUGAAGAUAGACAUUUUGGAAUACCUAGUAUUUAAUUUGUCUAAAAAUUAUGGUUAUGGGUCAAGUAAAUGUUUUUAAAUGUAAAUAUCUACUUAAAUGUCAAGUAAUAAACCUGAAAGUAAUCUGCA